AGAGCCAGAGCAAAGUGAAGAAGAAGAAUUUAACGGUUCCCGGUUGUUGAACCGCUCCCGUCUCCACGGUGCCGGUGGCUUCCAAAUUGUUUUGGACUGUAUUGUACCAGUGGCACCAACCAAGCGGCUAGCUGCUUCAUGAACUUCACCUAGCUAACGCACCGAGUAGCUAUGUGUUGACACAACUCACCUCAUUACGGAGCAUUACUACGACCAAAGACCCAGAGCGAUGGAGGAGGGCUCUGAGGUGAUUGAGGAUAUUGUAUUUCGAGGAGUGGAGUUCUCUGUGAAGAUUGAGCUGGACAAGGGUUUGCUGAUAGUAGAAAUCUCUGACUCAGUGACAGCAGAUCAAUGGAGAGGGGAUUUUGAUCCAGCAUACAUUGAGGACCUCACUCGCAAAACUGGCAACUUCAAGCAGUUUCCUAUUUUCUGCAGCAUGUUGGAAUCAGCUGUUAGAAAGAUGAGUGACUCUGUUACACUUGACCUCUUGACCUACGCUGACCUGGAGCUGCUACGUAACAGAAAAGCUGGAGUGGUUAGUCGUCCUCGCGGCCAUCAGCAGGCAUCUGCUCUCACUGCCAAAAGAUAUCUAAUCCUCAUAUAUACUGUAGAGUUUGACAGGAUACACUACCCAUUACCUCUGCCCUAUGUGGGUAAGCCUGACCCGGCUGCCCUGCAGAAAGAAGUCAGAGCUCUGAGGGCUGAGCUCAGCACCAUCUCCUCCCAUGGACUAAACAAAUCUGCAGAACUAGAAAUACAGCGGCUACGAGCAGAGCUGGCUCGGGUUAAAGAGGAGAAGGAAGCCAUGGCUAAGGUUCUGGAGCGACUGCAAAUCGGUGGAAGUGGUUCCACAUCUGGACAAGAGGACUGGAGAGCCAGAGAUGUGGUGAGGACGCUGGAGGAGCAGCUUGUCAAGGAGAGGGCCAAAAGUCAGCGCUCGGCGAGCAAGAGAUGCCAGGAGCAGCGACUCCUAAUGGAGCAGUUGGAGGAGCUGAGAGCAUCAGAGUGCGCUCUCCGUGUCCGUGUCAAGAGUCUCACCAGUGAACUGGCGUUACUACGAAGAGGGUUAGACAAUCUCAGCAUCAGAGUGACUCCUGUGUCCGGUCGCAUCAGCUCUCGAGUUGAUGGGGAAAUCUAUCGCUCGCUCUCCCGUGAGAGGAGGUCAGGGUACGGGACAGUCAGGGCCCGCUCAGGAUCCAGAGAACGAAUGGAGAACAGAGGGCAAAGAUUGGAGGAGAGGGGAAGAAGAGCAGACUCGUCAGGACCACGUGCUCAUAUACCCAGGCCGUCACCUUCUCCCACUGGGUCUCGGAUACAACGCUUUGAUCCAACUGCUUACAUCCAGGACCGACAGCGCAGACAGAAAGAGGCCGAGCUCAAAAAACAGAGGAAGGCACGGAGGGACAUGCUGACAUCACCCAUUGUCCCUGAGAGAGGGCGUUCGCGUUCCAGAGAGGCCUAUCCUCAGAUGACCCGCUCUGGCAGCAGAGGCAGGAGUUUAUCAGUGGAGCGGAGAGGGAGCAGGAACUCCUCUGAAAGCUCGUUAGUGGAUAUGGAUGAAAUGGCCAAAACUCUGUUCAGAGGAGGGAAACAGACUUACAAUGGACCCAGUGUGGUGAGUGACAUGUCUAGAGGAGGCCUUUUGACCAGGAAGCCAUUAUGCAGCACUCCAACACACAGAACAAAAGACAAAGACAGCUCCAUAGAUACAGGUGCUGAGCUGUCAGAGAUUGAUGCCAGGCUGCUGGCACUUCAGGAGUACAUGAGGGACCUGGAUACAGGACACUAACAGCUACUGUACAACCUGCUGCACAGGCCACUCCAUGUUAGCUGAUAACUGCACAGCUUGAAGCUCGGCCAUCUUUUUUCAGACUGAGGUGUGAGUGACGGGUUCACCACACUAUACCUGUCCAUGUAAGAGACUAAAACUCCAUCUGGAAGAUCAGAAUUCCAGGACUCAAGGAAACUAUAGCCAUCACUGUGAAGGACUACUUUUUGUGGACAGAAAUUAUUUUUUUUAAUGUACCAAGUUUUUAUUAAUUAACUUAAAAGAUUACUGUGUCUGAGUAGGGAUUUUUUUUAACACCUCACCAAACCAACUAAACGAGUUACAUGGACCUUCAAUUGGCAGCACCUCCGUCCGUAAGAAAUUCUUUUCACCCUUAAUUCACUCGUCAAUGCUUUUGUUCCUGUCUUUGGUCAGUUAUCUGAGAGCACAACACUUGUGUUCAUUAGUCGUGGAGUUCUCUCCCUUUUAAGCCAAACCACUUUUUUAAACAAAAAUGUCAACGCCUGAGUCUGCAUUUUCACUCUGUAUGUUGUGAUGUGUCUUUCCUGCUCGACUUUACUGAACAUUACCCAUGCAUUUGAAGCAUUACAGUUGAUCCCAUUAUACAACUUUUAAUUAGUUCAUCCACACAGUGCAUUAAAAUGUAAUUAAAUUUUGUUCUUAAACUGAAGUUGACCUGGUUUCCCUUUAAGGUUAUCGCCCAAAACUUAAGCAUAAAAGAUAAUUAUCUUGGAUAACACUUGCUUAAGGUAACAAGACUCAAGAUGAAUUAGAUGGACUUAGGAUAUUUGUAUGUAUGUGUACACAAAUCCACACCACUCUGAUGGUGAUCGUGCAUGCAAGAGUAUGCACACCAGUCUUUUUUUAUGAUGGUGAAACUGCCAAAUUUUGUAUGAACUGCUGUUUGUGCACAAAGACUAUUACUGUUAUUUUUCCCCAGACCAAUGCCUUUUAUACCACCUAAAAAUAUAAUUUAUAAGAAACCUA